AUGAAGGCAUGGACAACUGCAACACACUGCAAGUCGUGCACGUGUUCCAUGUGCAUGAGGAUCAUCGCGCAAACCCUGCAACGCCGAGGAUACAGCGCCGCUGCCAGCCGCAUCAGGACUGCCACCACCGACACCACCACCACCAGCAGCAGCAGCAGCAUGGCGUACUUCCUCAACUUUGAUGGAGGGGCGAGGGCGGUUGGCCGGUCCAAGCUGGCAGGGUGCGGGUGUGCCCUGUACAACCGCAACGGCGUGCUGCUGGAACGGCAUUGGAAGAGCUUGCCGAAUGGAUCCACGUGCAACGAGGCCGAGUACGAGGGUCUGCGGCUCGGCCUUGCGCGAUGCAGGCACCUUGGCAUCGCGGACGUCAUCGUGCGCGGUGACUCGAAGCUCAUCAUCAACCAGGUCUUUGGCAAGUGGCGGGUGAAGGCGAAGAACCUGCAGCCGUAUCACGCGCUGGUCAAGCAGGACGUCAGGGCCAUCGGCAAGAUCAGCGGGUGCUGGGUGCCGCGUGCGGAGAACGAGGAGGCAGACGCCCUUGCAAACAAGGCCAUGCGCAUGAGAAGCAGUGGUGCAGACAUCCUGGUGCGCGUCCAACAGCAACAGCAGCAGGGGCAGCAACAACAACCACAAGAAGGGGAGCACAAAGAACAGGAGGUGUCACAGGGAGAGCCGCCAGCCAGGUCUGCUCCUUCAGGCAAGCGCAACGCGUACGCAGCGGACAGUGAAGAGGAGGAUGAGGAAGAAGAGGAGGAAGAGGAAGAGGAAGAAGAUGGGCUGGCUGGGCCCGUGUCGAGAUCAGAGCAGGUCGCCAAGCGUGCCAAGGAGGAGCGCAUAUCCGACGCACACAACCCCGCCAGCAGAGCAGGCAGCAACGGCAGCCGCAAUGGCAGCCACGUUCACCGCGCGACAGUGACCGCAACAACACCGCAACAGCAGAUGCGUCAGCAGCACCAGAUGGCCAUCCCAGCAUCGAGCAGGCUCACGUCCACAGCAGAGGUGCACGCGCUGUUUGAUCCUUUGAUUGAGGACGCAGAGCGCUAUCUGUCUACGCUGUAUGCACGGCGCGACGCAGCGCUGGAACGCAUCCAGCACCAGAGCUAG